AAAAAUAUAUAUAUAAAUGUUAUACUAUGGAAAUAACUAAUUUUUGCGCGAAUUCUCUUUUAUGAGAAAAAUAACGAAUUUUUCGAGAAGAUUCAGGCACAUGAAGAAAAGUGGGAAACUAGUUUACCAAUAAGGUAAGUAGAAAAUCACGCUCACUAUUCCCAAUAUUUUCAGCGUAAGAUGGGAUUAUUGGGUAUAAAUUUCGUGUUCCAUGAGAAUUCUCUUUCAUGAGAAAAAUAACGAAUUUUUCGAAAAGAUUCAGGCACACGAAGAAAAGUGGGAAACUAGUUUACCAAUAGGGUAAGUAGAAAAUCACGCCCACUAUUCGCAAUAUUUUCUGCCUAAAAUGGGCUUACAGAGUAUAAAUUUCGUGUUCUGACAAGUACAAGUGUUAGUUCUUGUACUUUCGAGUUAGCUGGCUUAUUCUUUAAGUCGCUUGUACGAGUUUGUUGUGUGUGUGUGUGCGAGAAAAAAUAGUUUAUUAUAAUACGAUUUAUAAUAAUACGAACAAGUCGAAAAUGGAACCGCGCGCGAUAAUAGCGAGAUUUUUUAUAAUCGUAUGCAAUCAGACAAAAGAUAUUAAAAAGCGCGAUUAUUAUAAGAAUUUGUCUCGCGACGACGAUGAGAUUAAUUACUCAUUAUUCGAGCGUUUCGCGGAAAAGGAAUGUUCCAGCAUGAUGCUGUGCUUGUUGCACAAAAUGGGAUAUUUCGAGGGAAACGCUCGACUAGUCGGUAUUAUAUCUCGUAUCGUCAAAGCGCGUUACGCGGAUGAACACUAUUACGACGCGAGUGGGUGCAUCGCACAAUUUCUACGAUGUCGAGACGGGGUGGCGGAAAAUCAGAAUAGAGGAGUGUCAGGUAAGAAAAAAUAUAAAAUAUCUAAUAAAGAAAAAGUUAGUAUUUUAUAUUUUAAUUACGAGUAUUUUUGUAGGUGAGAGACCGGUAGCACUAGUGCACCCUUUUCGUACGCAGUACGGUCGCCUAAGCUUAAGGCGGCGGCGCGAGGCGGAGGUGGCUGAGGAGGCUGUACCUGCCCGGAGACGUCGAAUCGGAGAAGCUCCUGUUGCUAUUGUAGCACCAGCAGUAGCAGCAGCAGCACUACCACCACCACCACCACCAUCACCACCACCUCGCGUCAUUCCUGUUGUGGAUUUAGUGUCUGGUAAUUAUUAAUUUUUAAAUACAAGAUAUUACUCGAAAGUUAAUUAUUAUUACCACUGCUGUUUAAUAAUAAAUAAAUUAUGAUUUUAGAUGACGACACGCAGAACGGAUCCGAUAUUGCGCCGAGCUCGUUCAAUUCAGCGGCGUUAUUUACACCGGGUAAGUAUUUUUUUUAAAAGUUUUCUACUUAAUUCAGAUUAAUUCGUAAAAAAAAUAAUAAUAAUAAUAAAAUAAUGUUAUUUUUCAGUUCGUCAAGAAGAAAGAAAAAACGGUUGGAUGGAAGAGGAUACAAUGGACAGAGUGUUAGCAGAGUGGGAGGAAGGGGUGUUGGAAAGAAAUUUUGAAGAGAGAGAUAAUGAACGGGA